AUGGUGUCCUUCGGCCUGCUCGCCCUAACAGGCCUCUUCUGCAUCCUCGUCCCCAUUCUCCGCCACAUUCAGCGCCUCUACUUGAAUUACAGGCUCGCAAAGCAGACAGGCCUACACAUCUUCAUAGCGCCCGUCGACCCGUACGGUAUCCUCUGGCAGGCUGGCUCGCGAUUUUUCACGCCUGUUCUACAGCAUUUCCAAUGGUGUAGAAUCAUCGAUCUGUCCUGGACCUGGGAAGACGAUUGCACGCGACAUGAGAAAUACGGCGAGAAUUUCAUCGUGGUCAGCCCGGCCAUGAAUAUAAUAUACACGAGCGACAAGGUCGCGGUUGAAGAGGUGCUGGCGAAGAGGAAAGUGUUUAUCAAGCCGAAGCUUUAUGAAAUGAUGAACAUGUUCGGGAAGAACGUGGACACGGUCAAUGGCGAGGAGUGGUCGAGACACCGCAAGAUCACGGCUCCCUGCUUUAACGAACGUGUUUCCGGCUUUGUCUGGGAUGAGUCUGUCCGACAGUCCCAAGCUAUGCUUAAUCAAUGGCUUGCACAACCCGAGGGCAAGGUAUCGAAGAUGGUUGAUGAUACGCGUAUCGUCGCAUUGCAUGUCCUCUAUGCAGCUGGAUUUGGCGUGCAACAUGAUUUCAGCGGCGGUGUUCGCAUUUCUGCCCCUGGACAUGAGCUCUCACACCGCGAUACGCUCAUGACGAUGCUAAACAAUUUCAUCGCUACAAUGAUCGUCGCGCCUCAAGAGGCCUUCUUCGAUAAGAUCGCCGUGAUCUUGAGCCCGCGGAUGAGAAGCGUUUUGCUCGCAAUCAAAGAAUUCCGGCGAUAUACGGACGAGGCCAUAGCUUCGGAACGAAUCCUUCUGGCCCAAGAUCGCGGUGACCAGAAACAUAAUCUCAUGAGUACGCUGAUUCGCACAUCUGAUCAAGCCAAGGUCGACGGUGCACAAUCUGCGAUGAAACUCACGGAUGACGAGAUCAAAGGCAACAUCUUCAUCUUCAAUGUAGCUGGCCAUGAUACCACAGCGAAUACGCUUGCGUAUACCUUUGCUUUGCUAGCCAUCAAUCCAGAGGUCCAGAAAUGGGUGAUCGAAGAAAUCGACGAAGUGCUGCUGGGCGAUAACAGUUUGGUGUACGAAGAUGCAUACCCACGUCUGAAAAGGGUCAUGGCUGUCAUGUACGAGACGCUGCGACUCUUCGGGCCGGUACCGCAGAUACCGCGGGGCCUAGUCACUCCCAACGUGCCUCUAACCAUCACUCGUCCGAACUCAGGGACAUCAAUGGCAUCCUCCUCUUCGACCACCACCCUUCUCAUUCCACCAAAUACCCUAGUAAACCUGAACAUCCACGCAAUGCACACCACGCCUUCGACGUACGCCAGCCACAAGGUAUGGAACCCCAAGAGAUGGAUUACCUCCUCUUCACCUAUGCCACAAUCCGCCCCAUCUAAUCCUUUGACGCUACAAAACGAGAACCUUCUUCACAUGGAGCAGGGCUUUGCGCCAUGGGCUAGCGGACCUCGCAUCUGUCCUGGCAUGAAGUUCGCGCAGGUGGAGUUUACGGCGGUGUUGAGUACAGUGUUGAAGAGGGCAUGGAUCGCACCGAGCGUGAAGGGUGGUGAGGGCGGCAGUGAGAUGACAGCGAAGACGGAGGUUGAGGCGUUGCUGCAGGACUCGCAUCAUAUUGGUGCAACGAUAUCCAUGAAGAGGCCGGAGGACCUGUGGCUCAAGGUCUCGAAGCGGUAG